AUGGCAGGUUACAUGAUUGCCGACGUUACCGUUACCGACCCCGAGGGAUUUGAGGAGUACCGCAAGCUGGUCAGCGCGACCAUUGAGGCCUACGGGGGCCGAUACGUGGUAAGGGGAGGCGCAACGGAGACGGUGGAGGGGGACUGGAACCCGAGCCGCCUGGUUGUACUGGAGUUUGACAGCGUCGAGCAGGCCAAGGCGUGGUACUACUCGAAUGAGUACGCUGGCCCCAAGGAGAUGAGGCACAACUCAGCUACGACCAACGCAAUAUUCGUAGAAGGUAUGUAG